CCGCGCUCUGAUUGGCUCCGCUUGGAGCCGGGGGCGGUUUGAGCGGCAGCGCCCGGCGCGGCGGCGGCUCCCGGGUCCGGCACGAUGCUGCCCCUGUCUUUGCUGAAGACGGCGCAGAACCACCCCAUGCUGGUGGAGCUGAAGAACGGGGAGACGUACAACGGGCACCUGGUGAGCUGCGACAACUGGAUGAACAUCAACCUGCGGGAGGUCAUCUGCACGUCACGGGACGGGGACAAGUUCUGGAGGAUGCCUGAGUGUUACAUCCGCGGCAGCACCAUCAAAUACCUGCGGAUCCCUGACGAAAUCAUUGACAUGGUGAAGGAGGAGGUGGUGUCCAAGGGCAGAGGCCGUGGUGGGAUGCAGCAGCAGAAGCAACAGAAGGGCCGUGGGGUUGGAGGAGCUGGACGAGGUGUUUUUGGUGGCCGUGGCCGAGGAAUUCCAGGCAGUGGAAGAGGCCAGCAGGAAAAGAAGCCAGGCAGGCAAUCAGCCAAGCAGUGAGAUGUCCCCACCCAGGCCAGGGACAGUUUGGGUUUUGUCACCUCAGGGUUGCCACGUGUCCAAAAAAGUUCCUUUUCCCACUCUUCCAUCAGAAUCAGAGCCCAAAUCAUGUUCCUUUGGAAGCCCCCUCACGCUUUAAUCUGGUGGAGUUUUCACUCCUUGUAGUCAGUAAAUCAUUGGAAAUGUUUUUUAAAAAAUUGGUUCAUGGUUAAGGACUGAGGUUCUGCCUUCUCCUGAGAGUGAAUUUUUCAGGCUCACCAGGUUUAAUUUAAAAUAUUUUCCUGUUCAGAGGUACCAGAAGGAAGGCAAACACUUUCUGGAUUGCUUGGAUUUGGUUUUUUUUAUUAUUUUAUUUUUUUUUAAAUACUUGAAACUGGGGAAACUUGUUUUGUUUGUAACAGAUGUAUUUUGGUUUAAAAACACUGAACUUGACAAUGUUGUGUCUGUACGUGAAUAGUCCUAAAGGCUUGGGGUUUUUUUUUAAAAAAAAACAACAAACUUUUGAGCUAUUGCUUUUCUUCUCCUGGCCAGUGAGUUCUGUUUCUCCCAUGGCUUAAAGGAGAGGUGAACAUUGGCCUUCAAGGCCUGUUCCCAAGAGAGCUUUGUGACAAAUGAGUGUUUCCCAAUUAGUUCAUUGCCAAUUUGACUUCAGAUUAGAAGUUCCCUUCAAAGGAACAGGGUUUUUUUUUCUGUGUUCUUGGCUUUUUUUGGUUUAUUUUUUUUUUUUGUAUGAGGCUGGUGCACCCCUUCUUCCACAUGGGGGAUUUUAAAAUUUUUUUUUUUUUUGGAAAAGCAACUUGAGUUGAUUUACACGGAUUUAUUUCACCCCCCAACCCUGCUUUGAAAACUCUCUCCCUUCUGCUGUGACACCAAGAGCUGAACUCUGACAAUAUUUCUCAACCUAAUUUCUUCCAGCAGCUGGUGAUUGACCUCUCUGGCUGUACCUGUCACUUCCUUCCCCAGCCACCAAUUAUCUUCCCUUGGGGACACAGGCCAGCGUGUGAACCUGUCCCUCCCAUAGGUUCAGAAAACUCCUGGGAAUUCCCAGCCCAGGUUACUCCAGUCUUCCAUCCCAUGAGUGAAAUACACCCUCAGAAUAUUCUGGCUGAUCCCAGCUGAGCUCCUGCACCAGGGCACGGGGGGAAGAAACAGCUCUGGGUGUGCCUCAACCCUCCCCUGGAUGGAUGAAACAGCUGAAUUUUUUUGGGGGGGAAACUGAUAUUGUGGCUUGUUUUGAGCAGGUUUGGGGUUUGUACAACUGGUUCUCAUGUUGGAGCCUCUGGCAUCGCCACUGUACUGAAAAGGAGUGAAGAACAUGCUUUUAUAGACUUAUUUUUUUAAUGUUUAUAGAACUGGGCGCAGUGGUGAGUGAGAAUAAAUCUCCAGCCUCUUCCA